AUGUCUGCACCCAUUACGAUUAGAAACUCGUUUGCUCUGGGUCAAAAGCUUCCAAAUUUUAUGAACUGGAAAUUAGACGGAAAUGUAACCGCAACCACGUCUGGCGAGCACACCCUAGCGACUGAUCCACCAUUCUUCGCCAUCCAGUCAGCCACCAACUGGAUACAAGUCGGUCAACAAGUCCUGACACAGACCCCCCAAAAUUCUGAAAUCGAUAAGGAGGGCCUGGCUUUCCACGAACACCCUGCAGGACACGGAAACGAGGGAGAUAUCGUUCGCACUGCGGGAAUCUACCUCAUCCACCCUAUAUGCCAGGCGCUAUGGGCAAAUCCGACCCUUCAAGGCAAAGUCAUGUGCCAGUCAGAGGCGUCCUCAAAUGGCAUCCGAGCCGAUAUCACGUUCUACCGCACACCUCCGGUCCCACAAGGCACUUCACGGGCGGUUGCAGUCGUCGAACUCAAGAAGCGCGGCGUCAUAAAUGCGCCAGCGAAGCAGAAUAGUAGAGAAACCAAGGUCAUGCUAGAGGACGCCAUGAAAAAAAUCACCGCGACACAAGAUCAUCGAUACUGGGCACAAAGGGCACAAGGUCAAACUGGAGACACGUUUUUUCAUGGGAACUCGGAGAUAUUGAUGAAGCAAGCUAGUUCGUAUGCCAUCCACCAUGGCACACAGUUCGUGGCCCUGUUCAACUGGGACUAUUUGGUUCUGGUGCAUUUCACGCAGAUGGAUCCUAGGGUGACGAAGGUUGAGACUCGGAGAUCUAAUGGCGUUGGCGAAUAUUGCGAGAUGACUAUCAUCCCAUAUAAAAACUCGGAUCACAUGCGUUCGGCACUUCUGGGCUUUCUAGCACUAGCUUAUCAAGACACUCCCUAA